CACAAGCAGCAAGCAGCACAAAUCAACCUGCUUUCAAACGUUUUGCUGCGCCAAGGUCUAAUUGAAAAUGCUGAAAUCGUGGAGUGAUAUCGAGUCUAUAGAUGGCUUAAAGCUAUUUCUUUCGUCUUGCCAAGAUGCGGAGAACGCAUCACAGGACUUCACAGUUUUGGAGCAAUAUUUCUACAGUUUGCAGCCGACUGAUCAGACACUAUUCCUCGAUGUUUUGAUUCCUAAAAUCAUAGACCUGGCGAAGAAACUCGAGGAGACUCCGUUUUCUGGCAGACUUGUUGCGGGUCAACAAGCGCAAAUGGAGUUUAGCAAAGAAAAAAUCUCGCAAAUAUUAGCCAACGCUUUCUGCGGCAGAUUCCGCGGCCUUGCAUCCAACGUAAAUUUUGAUCGGCUCUUCGCUCAUGGCCAUAGAGAUGCUACAAAAAUUGAAAAGCUGAAGUGUCUGAUUCAUUACUUUAAGAUAGUCACUGCAACAAAAUCCGGCGUCAGCUCAAUGUCAGAAAAAGUAACUUUCGAAAGAGUUGUCACAAGAGAAGCACCAAAGUGGCAUUCGUCUCGUGCUUACCUCACUGAAUUUGCCAUAAACACAAAGGACAGCAUGUUUGAUUGUCCAGAAUACAUGGCUGAAGUGGAUUUUGCAAACAAGAGGAUUGGUGGUGGCGUUUUGGGCAACGGCUGCGUUCAAGAGGAGAUAAAGUUCAUCACAUGUCCAGAGCUGAUCGUGGCGAAAGCCUUCUGCGACGACCUGAGGAUUAACGAGGCCCUAAUCAUGACGGGCGCGACGCCCUUUUCCGCCUUCACCGGCUACGCGAGCACCUUCAAGCACGCCGGGGGCGCCAGGAAGCCGGAAGAGUCCAAAGUGGUCGUCGCUAUUGACGCGAUGGACUUCUCCAGGAUUGAACCUAAGAUGCAGUUUAGGAAGGAGUGCAUUGACAGGGAACUGCUCAAGGCGUACACCGGCUUUGUGCACUGCCCGAAAAACUGGAUUGCCACUGGAAACUGGGGCUGCGGAGCUUUCAGGGGAAAUCCGGAGUUAAAAAUGAAAAUUCAAUGGAUUGCUGCUUCAAUGGCGAAUAAGAAGCUGUGCUACUUCAGCUACAAUGAUUCAAACCUGAAGGAGACCUUUGAAAAGGUCCAGCAUACAUUUUCUGGGAUGAGGAUCGGCGAGGCUUACAACUUGCUGCUAUCCAAUGAUUCAAGCAUAGUUAAACGUCUCACGAAAUUGAUAUUUUGGGCAUUCGUCGCUUUUUCCGUGGCCACCCACAUGUGCCGCAGUUUUUGGCUUGGAGGAAGCAGCGCCAAUCAGCCUUCUCUUGUGCGUACCGGCGUGUCACUUGCUUUUUUUCUUUGUAGAUUGCCGUGGAAGAUCACCUGCGUUGUGCUGAGGCGAAUUAUGAAGUGCAAAAUAGUCAUGCUUAUCUGCCCCAAGUGGGUUCAACUGCAAAUAAAAAACAUAAUUGUCUCACGUCAAGUCAGCCAAACAACCAGCGGAAACGACUUGAUCCCUAUUUAUCAUCGAAUGAACACCAGAUAAAGAAACUAAACAAGGGAAAAGUACCAAAAUAAUUGACGUUUAUUGAGUUAGGACUUUACACCAAUAAUCUUUACUUCUCUUUUGCACAUGAGGAAAUGCUAAAAACAAUGCUAUUAAAUUAUUGGGAUUA